GUCACGCCCACUGUAUUCUUAUUUACAAAGUCAGGACGUGUUUAACCCCAAGCAACUCUUUCACCGCGCGUGGCACAAAAACUCAUUUAUUACUUAACGAACUUGAUCCUUGGAUAUCUUUGUUGGAGCCAUGUGGACAUCCAUGCUGGGUCUGACUGCCCUACCACAUGUUGGUGGGAUCUUUGGUAGCUUUAUCACAAGAAAAGAGAUAAAGACAUGGUAUGCCUCACUUAACAAACCGUCAUGGAGGCCACCCAAUUCUGCUUUUGGAGUGGUAUGGACAGCUUUAUACACAGGCAUGGGUUAUGGCUCAUACCUGGUGUAUAAAGAGCUGGGAGGCUUCACAGAAGAUGCUGUGGUCCCAUUGGGACUCUAUGGCUUGCAGCUGGCACUGAACUGGGCCUGGACCCCAAUCUUUUUUGGGGCACACAAGAUCAAACUAGCACUCGUUGAGCUUGUCGUGCUAACGGGGACAGUGGCUGCGACCAUGGUGUCCUGGUACCCAGUGAGCCGCAAUGCCACUCUUCUCAUGACUCCGUACCUGGCUUGGCUUUGCUUGGCCACCUCACUCAACUACUGUAUCUGGAGGGACAACCCUGAGACCAAAAAAGACUAGACCCUUUUUUUAAUUACCAUGCAGUUACCACAAAUAUGCCUGCAACCAUAUCCAAGUGAACAUAUGAAUUAAAUCAUGGAAGUUGAUUGACUAAUAUUCUUAAAUCACAAUGAUUAUAUACUAACAUUUAACUUACAUUUUUUGUUAGCUUGGUAAAAUAAAAGAACAAGCUUUUCCUCAAGAUCAUUUUUCUUUUGAUUUCCUGUCAGUAAAAAAGAUUGAUCAAUCAAUUAUUUUACUGUUUGUACUGGUACCAAAUAAAUAAAAAGUUGCCUUAUA